CGAAAAUUCAAGUCGGCGGCAGGGAUGAGCGAGGCGAGCAGCGACGCCGAUGGCCUCGCGCUGCAAAUGUCGUCCGACAGCAUCGACCGCUUCCUCCGCGAGAAUGGCAUGGACCUCAGCCUCCGCACGCCCAGCGGAAGCGGCGGCGACGACGACGACCUGAGCCUCUUGCGCGCCGGCGGCCACCCGCACGACGAGCCGCUCUCGCUCGACGACUUCGCGCCGCCACGCUCUGGCAGCUCGACGACGUCGCCGCCAGCGCGUACGACAAGCGCUAUGCACGAGCAUAGCAGCGAAAGCAGCCUGCGCUUUGGCAGCCUCAUCCGCGCGUCGCAAGGCUCCAUGUUCGAGUCCAAGACCCAGGACGAGCCGCCGACGCUGCGCGGCCCGCCGUACUCGCAGUUGCCACGCCACCGCGCGUCCGAGUCUACCUCACGUCUCUCGAUUCCACAGAGCACAGAGCCGCUUCGCCGGCAGUCGUCGACGUCGUCGCGCUCGACCGUCCCGCGUGACGUGCCCGUGCGUCGCGUUCUUAGCCUCGCGUCGACGUCCUCGAACGCCUCCCACGAGCGCCGGACCGAGAGCGGUCUCCGUGCCGUCUCGUGGUCGGGCCUUCCAGCCUCGUCGUCGUCAUCGUCCGGGUCGGAGCGCAUGCACCGCGACGAGCUCGACGAUCCUGUCUCAGAGGCUGGUAGCGUCUUUGUUGCGACACCGCCGCCAGGUCUGCCGCGCACUUCGCCGCCGCCACUGCGGACGGUCCCGACACCGUUGCAGACAUCACCACGGCGCUUGGUGACGCCGCCGACACGCAGCCCGUCACCGCAACGCGCGUCAUCGCCCGACGACGAAUGGUCGACGCUGACGACGCUGCUCUUGCAGCACGGUCUACCGCGUGUGGAGUUUGUACCAGCUGACGCGGUUGGCUGCGCCGUUGUGCCGGAGAAGGCUUCGCUCAUUAGCGUCGUGCACGACCUCGUCUCGCAGCUCGAACGCCGGGGCCAGAUCAUCCAAGAUCUCGUGCUUGACGCUACGCGCAACUCGAAAGAGCAGUCCAAGACCGAGUCGCACGUCCAUUUGCACGAGAAGAAGAUCGCGGACCUAACGUCGUCGCUCGCAGUUGCCCACGCCGACAUCAAGCAGCUGCAGCGAGAGCGCGAUACGCUCAAAACAAAGACGGACCAGGACAUGCGCGCGUGGAGAGUGCAGAGAGCCAAACUCGAACAGCAAGUCAAGGUCAGCGAACACCGCGUCAAGGCAAAAGAACUCCUCAUCGACCGCAUGCAACAGAAAAUCCAAAGCCAGAUGGACAAGGACGAACUCGCAAAGUCCCGAGACAAAACGCUGUUUCAAAAAUUCACGCAGCGCGAACCGCGCAAGACGAGCGCGUCGGACCAUCAGACAAUCGAGCUCAUCCGCAUGUACGAGACGCAGCGGGCGUCCAUGGCCGACGAAAUCACGGCGCUUCAAGCCCAAGUGCGCGAUCUCUGCGCCGACGUCCGCGCCAAAGACAACCGAACGCCCGUGGUCGGCGCCGGCGCGCCCGAGAACGAGCUCCUCGAGCGAUUCGAAGUCGCGCGGCGGGAGCAAGAACGCGCGGCGGCCCUGCUGCGGCAGCGCGAGAGCCGCAUCCAAGACCAGAUCGGCACGAUCGAAGCCGAGCUCCGGCACACAAAGGAAUCGCUCCAGGAACUCCAAGACGAGAACGCCAACUUGCACCUCGAAGUCGAGUCGCGACCGACGAUUCCCGCGUUCAAGGCUGCGCAACGGCGCAUCCACCAGCUCGAACGACAGCUCGCCGACCACAAGCUCGCAAUGGACGAAGCUACAGACCUCGACGAGCUGCGCAAGCACACGGGCACGGCCGCGCUCAUCCAGCGCGACCGCCUGAACGCCAAGCUUGCCCUGAACCGGCUCAACGCGCUGCCCCGAGAGACUGCGGUCGAGAUUGUCAAGGAAGUGUGCCGCGAACUCGACCUGUCGGACGUGACGCUGAUUGUGCCCAGCUUGCAUAAGCUGUGUGCUGUCGUCCAGGCCGUGCCUCGCAUGGAGCGCUUCGUCCGGGACGUGACAGCGGUCGUCGGUGGCGCGGCCCUCGAGGCGGUCGUGCCGUCACUGCAAAAGAUGCAAGCCGAGCUCCAAGAGCUCGCGGGGCUGCGGAGCUUUCGUCAAGCCAUUCUGCAGUCGCUCCAGAGGCGGGCGGGGGCCGUCACGACGCCCGAGACGCCCGAGACAACCGAGACAACCGAGACAACCGAUUCCAACGUCACCUCGGUCGUGCAGCGGCGCGUGCUGGCCACGAUCGUCGAGCUCGUGGACUUUGAGACACAUUUCCUGCAAGACAAGGAGAUGUACACGCACGCCCUCCACAACGUCGAGAACCGUCCGGACGUGCUGAUCAACAAGAUGGUGCAGCACUUUCGCCAUCUCUUUGGUGUCAAGACCAUGGAAGGCGUCUUUCCCAAGAUCAACGAGGUGUUUUUGUUUGUCAACAAGAUGAACAGCGCGCUCGAUGAGCUCAAGACGACACUGCAACUGCCGCUGAGUACGUCUGUGACAGCGACGCUCGCUGCGCUCCACGACAAGGUCGGCGCGUCGACACCGACAGCCAGCGACCGCCCGCCCAAGCUGGCGCCGAAUUAUGUGGUCGACCGCCGCAGUGAGAACGAUGUCGUCGGCCUCCAGCAAGUGCGGCUGUACUGCCACAUCAUCAAGCAGCUCAAGGACGAACUGGGCGCAACGACCGACGACGAGAUUGUCCCUCGGACCAAACGGCUGAUGGAGCUCCUCUCUCUCUCGUUGCACAACUCCCAGCCGUGAGAUCCCACUGGCAACAAUUCUCAAGUGCCUUGUUGAUCGAUUCGCGUAUUUUGCAGUGGCCAUCGAAGGCGGUAGCGAAGAACAAGGCUGUGUGGCCGCCGACAACACGACCACAUUUGCUGAUGCC